AAUUUACUGUUACUUUAGUUUGUAUAAAGUAGGCUAUGAUUAUGGAAUCGUUCAUUUUCGACUCGUGUUUUAAAAAUAUUUUACACAUAGCGAAUUCAGUAGUUUAAACAAAUAACGAAAUUUUGUAUACACUUUCACUUCACAAAAUUCGAUAUAGAAAAAUAUUCUAAAACAAUUUUCCCUACAUCAGUAUCUCUAGCGCGAAAUACGAACAAGGAAAGAUAUAUUUAUAUUUAAUAGAAAUAAAUACGGUUGAUAUAUCAGCUAAUGUCAGUUGUACAUAUGUGUUCUUUAUAAAAUGAUAAAAAUAUAUUAAUUUACAGAUGAACAAAUUAAAGAAAUUAUUAAAAAUAUAAUGUUAAUUAUUAUAAUCUGAAAAUAUAUUAACUAGUUGAACAAAGUCACUGCCUUUAACGCGAUUCUUUGAAUAAAUUUAUUUGUCAUUUAAACUUAUUUUAUUUUAAUAUUUUCAAUGCUGACAAACGAUAAAGAUUUUCAGACAUGGAAAUUGAUGAAAUUAUAAGAAAUAUCUUUGGGCCGGAUGUAUUCUUAGAAUCUAAUGAUACAAAAUUUAGCAAAGAAAAUGAAAAGCCUUCAAGAGUGUCACAUAGUUUAGAUUUGAUAAAUAAAUAUAUUGAAAGUACCCUUUUAAAAGAUGCUCCGGUAAAAGAUAUACAAGACAGUAGAAUUGGCAGAAUUGGACCAGAUAUAGUUCGAUUUGAUGUAUCAUCACGUCUUGGAUUAUUUUCAAUUUCUCCUGAUAGACUUACUGUUAAUGCUAGAAGUAAUUUUAGUACAAUGAGAGCAAAUACAGCAGUAUAUCAAGGAAAAUGGUUAUAUGAAAUACAACUUGGAACCAAAGGUCUUAUGCAAAUUGGUUGGAGUACAGUUAAUUGUAAAUUCACUCAAGAAUCUGGAGUUGGAGAUACUAUUAAUUCAUAUGCUUAUGAUGGAAAUCGUAUUAGAAAAUGGAAUGUGGCUACAUAUUCAUAUGGAGAAUCAUGGCUUGCAGGAGAUAUUAUUGGAUGUGCAAUAGAUUUAGACAAUGGAUAUGUUGAUUUUUACAGAAAUGGUAGACAUUUAGGACGAGCAUUUGAAAAUAUAUCAAUGGGUAGUGGAUUUGCAUAUUUUCCAACAGUCAGUCUUGCAUUAAAAGAAAGUUUAACAGCCAAUUUUGGAUGCACACCAAUGCAUUAUCCUUUAGAAGGAUAUGAACCAUUACAAGCAGUUCCAAAACAAGAAAUACAUCAAGCUAAACUUUUAUUUAAAUGGUUUUCAAAAAUAAUAGAACAGAUAAAUACAAGACAGAAUAUGAAUAAAGAAAUUAUGUUGUCUGAUGAAAAUAUGAGUGUAAAGGCCUAUUUAAUGUGUCUUUCAAAUUGUAUUUUAAAACAUAUAGGACCUUUAGUUGCAAUACCAUAUAUUACAGAAGAUAUUUUAGUUCCUUUCAUGCAACAUAUUUCUGAAUCAAAAACAAAUUUUACUUCUUUAUUAUCAACUUGUUUAGAUUUAUUAUGGACAUUUCUUGAAGAGCAUGAGAUCAAAAUAUGUUUGGAAACUAUUGUCCUUUUUUUAUUAUCUGCAUUCAAACAUGUAUCUUAUUUAUCUGAAUAUUUUGAUCAGUGUAAAAGUAUACUUCUUUUAACAAAAAUUUGUCAACAUAUAUUGACGCGACAAUACUUACUACAACAUUUACUUUUUGAUCAAGUAAGGCUUCCAAAUUUCUUGAAUGUUAAACCACCAGAUAGGAAAGGAUUAAUUGAUAUAGUCAGUAAUGUAUGGUGGGAAACAGAUCCUGUAGAUUUAACGAUUGAAGCUAAUAAGGAAAGUUAUAUGGAAGCAUGUCAACAAAUUAAAGCUACAAUCUCUGAAUUAGAAACAUUACAAGUACAAUUAUUAGUAAUUCUUCUUGAUAAUUCUGAUGGAAAUGAAAAGAGACCAACUUCAAGAACUAUAUUUUUAAAGAAAUUUAAACGUUUUGUACCUAUAGCAAAUAAUAAUUCUGCACCGAUUACACUAUGUUGCAUUUAUCGACUUCUGGUUGCAUUCAGAAUUUUAUGGGAUGCUGAAGUUGGAACAUCUCCUAUUUAUGUGCCUUGCAAGGUAUUUUACGAUGGAUCAAUUGAUUACUUGGGAAUUGAAAGACUGGGUGGUGUAGUAUCUCAUUUAAACAAGUUGCAUAGGAAUGAACUAGUACAGAUAUUAGGUCCUGAACAUGAAGCAAUUGUUACAACGGAACAGACUCAAGAUUCAUCUAAUUCAUAUACUAGAAUGGCACUCGUUCGAGUGAUAAAUAUGAAUCCAUUAGAUCAAGGAAGAUCAAUAAUUCUUGAUACGGCACCGUUACCCGUAAAUAUUGUAGAUUCGACUACAUCUUUGCUUGAGCUACUUGAUAGUAUUAUUUUGUUCUACCAUCUAGUAGCAAAAAAGCCAUUAGCAAAAGUGGCUUUUCUUAGGAAUAGCAUGUUAGAAUAUAUUUCUGCUAGUCAAGAUUUAAAAAUACGACUAGGAGAAGUUACAAAAAAAAACGUUGAAUCUGAGACAGUUCAGCAAGAAUUGUCUAGAUCGAUAAAUGUUUUUAAUACCAAAUUAAUAGAACAGGGAAGACACAUGGCCUGGAUUCGUGCUGCUGUUUAUUCAGAAGAAAAACAAUCAUUAUUAGCUUGGCUUCUAAAAGUGGUUACAUUGACUUUAAUGAAUGCUAGUUCAGAAGGAAAUAUGUUUAGUUUUGUACCAGACUUUUAUUUGGAAGCAUUAGCUGAUUUAUGUGUUGGUUUACGAAAUCACAUGCAUCCAACAGCACAUAUUGAAAAAAUUCCAAAUUAUCAAGAAAUGUUUUUAACCAUAGCUAAAUUUCUUUGUGAUCAUUUUAUGGAUCCUCGUAUAGUAAAUAUAGAUUCAAAGAGCACAUUACUUUUGACAUUGGCUGGAUUUGUAUUCAAUCCACUUACAUUAGAAGCUAUGGAAAAUGUACCAGAAGAAAGUCGAAUGAAAUUGGUUACAAACUUAUUAAAAUCAUAUAAAAAUAGGGCAUGGGCCGAAUCGAAUUGGAUUUUAGUCAGAUUUUGGCAAGGUAACGGUUUCGCCUUUCGAUAUGACAGAAGCCCGCAUCUUUUGAAAAAAGGUGGAUCAAAAUCAUUUCAACAAGAAUCAAUUUCUCAACCUAGAAAACCAUGUCCAUCCAUUGUAUACCAAGGCCACAUAAGGGAUGUGUUAUUAGAAAAUCUGCAAGAUACAACGGCAUUCUUAAAUUCUUUAUUAAAUCUAUUAAACUGGACUUUUUCGGAAUUUAUUGGAAUGGUGCAAGAGAUCCAUAAUGUUUCAUCAAGACCUGAAAGAGUUUUCAUUGAAUCUAGACAGUUAAAAAUAUGUGCUACAUGUUUUGAUUUAACGAUUUCAUUGUUGAGAGUUUUGGAGAUGAUCAUCACGGUGGUUCCAAAUAUUUUCAAUAAUGCAUCACAAUCUUUCAGUGAAAAUCUAUUGUUCAGAUUGUGCCAACUACUUUGUCAAGUUUUAAAUAGAAUCAGUUCACAAACUAGUUGUUUCCGACAUGUUGUAUUAUUGGAAAUUCCAGAUUUAGAAUCUGUAGAUCAUUUUCCAAUACUUGCAGCUGCUACAGGUAUUUUAUUUGCUUUACUGAAUGAAGAUAUGAUCAACUUUAAAUCAAAAUAUGAAAAGGAAGUACCAAAGAUUACUCAAACUUUAUUAAUAGAACCAAGUUUUCAAAUGAGUACUCUAUAUUUCUUAUUAGGAGAUUCAAAACAUGAAGAUAAACAGCAACGAAAUAUAAAAAAAUUUUCUUUUUUGAAUUAUCCAAAUGAUGUAACAGAGGAAGAAAUAAAAAAAGUGAAAGACAUGAUUGAAUAUUUAGAUGAAUGUCGUAUUAUUUUGCCAAAUUCAAAAAUUUCUAGUGAUAAUGGUGAUACUUGUACAAUAUGCUAUGCACAACCUAUAGCAGUAACUUUUAAACCUUGUAAUCAUCAAACAUGUCGUAUUUGUAUUGAUCGACAUCUCUUAAACAACAGAUCAUGUUUUUUUUGUAAAAUAACAAUCGAAAAAGUUGUAGACCUUUCUGGUAAUAUAUUACACGACUUUACUCAAGAUAGUAUAUCUUCAAAUUAAUUCAUGAAAUCGUCUUGAUAGAUAUAUAUUAUGAAUUAUAGUUUCUUGUGAAAAUAAUUAUAAAAAUAAAUUUCUUGUAAAAAUUAUAACACAUUUUGAAGAAAAGUAAACAAAUUGUA